GGGGAGAGGCCCAGAAGGGCAGGCUAUAGGUGUGGCCACCGGGCUCGAGACCCGAGCCAGCGAGCCUCUGAGCAGUCCUAUUCUCUGUCAGUCCCUAGGGACCUCUCUCCCCUCUCCUUUCCUGACUUAAACUCAAGGAAGGUGUGGUGAGAGGUACAGCUGCAGGCCUGGGGGUCUGCUGCUGGCCCAGGCCCACAGCCCCUUCUCCCAGUCUGAAAUUCAGCAGUUCUGAAACCCCAAAGUUUGAGCUCAAGUGUAACAGCAAAACUCACUCGGUGGCAAGCCCUGUCCUGCUGUGGCCAGAGGGUUUCUGUGUUUAUUUCUCCUAUUUCAGGGCCUGUUUCUAGAUCUCCUGCUGGGAAAGUCUCCAGCCUCCCCGCCCCCAAGUCUGUAUAUGCAGCACAUUCCCGUCCUAAAAUCCCAAGCUUUCUGGGGCCUUGGGUAAGGGAUUGGGAGCUGUUACCAGGGCAGGAAAGUUGGGAGACCCCAGCCCCAGGGGGAGGAAGGUCUGAGGCUUGCCAGUGUUCCCAUCCUGUGUAGUGGCAGAUGCCAGGUGCCACUACGCUGCAUCCAUCCUCUGGGGUAGAAUGUUAUCAUCUUACCACGUUUCAGCAUCUGCCCUUUUAGACGGUUCUCCCAACCUUCCUGCUCUUGGCCUUGGCCGGGCAACGACCCGGCAUGGCUCAGGGACUAAGGCUCUCCCCAAGUGGGAAAGGGCCGGGACAGGAGCCCUUGAGUGACCUCCACAUAGCAUGGGUAUCCACACAGGGCCUCCUGUCCAGUAGCUUUUGAAUCCCCUCCACUCUAGACAGUGGCCUCCUGCUCCCUCAGGCUCCAGGUCCUGGUUCCUGGACUUUUGUGGGGGGACAGCGGGACUUUUCUGGCUCACCCCUCAUUUGAUUUCCCAGUGGUUGCUGGUGAGAAAGGCUUGGGGGAUUAGAGGCAGGUGUGUUGAGCCAUAUUUGUGGGUCAGGCCCGACUCUGAGGACCCUCCCACAGCGUGCACUGAGCUUGCCAACUGCAUGCCUGUGUGGGUGUCACCCCCGCUGCUGCCGCCUCCAUCUCCCGGAGCUCGCAGUGCGAUGGCUGGGGUGCUUCUCUUUGCCUUGGUAACUGGGAUGCCGGUGAGGCGUGUUGCUCUAAAAGCAGAGCUGUUGGAUCCGUGGGCUUUGUGUGCUUGGUGGACGGAGCCCCACUGCCUGGCUCAGCUGCGCCCACCGUCCCUUUCUGUCUUCAGGGGUACAGGCAAGUGACAGGGGCCGCUUUGUUUCUCAGAGGGGCCAGGAUGGGAGGGAGGCCCUAUGGCAUGAGGAGCAGCCCAAGGUGACAGCUCUGCCCCAUGGGUUUGAAUUCCUGACCUUGACUGAGAACCGGGAGCCUGGCACACGUCUCUGAGCUGCUCUGUCAAAGGAUGCCCAAUCCAGAGCACCCCGACUCCACGGCACGCAAGGAGCCAGUAGCCCUCUCCCGAGAUCUCCAUGAGCUGCCAAGGGGAGGGGGGCUUCCUGCCCUGUGUGUCCUGAUCAGAGUGAGAGAAAGUGGGACCUCUGGGGCCCAGAGUCCUGCAUGAAGCACACUCUGCUCUGUACCCAGGCCCUUCCCCUCUGUUCGCGGCUAGGAAAAUGGACACUGCCUUCCCAGGAGAGAAAUGACACCGGGUGGGGGCUCCUCCCUUUUCACUCCCAGGAAACUGUGUAGAAUAUCGCCUGCCACUCCAGAGCCAUGAAUGACAUUGGGGACUACGUGGGCUCCAACCUGGAGAUAUCCUGGCUCCCCAACCUGGAUGGCUUAAUGGAGGGCUACGCCCGCAACUUCAGGCCCGGCAUCGGAGGCCCCCCUGUGAACGUGGCCCUGGCCCUGGAGGUGGCCAGCAUUGACCACAUCUCAGAGGUGAACAUGGAAUACACCAUGACCGUGUUCUUGCACCAGAGCUGGAGGGACAGCCGGCUCUCCUACAACCACACCAACGAGACCCUGGGCCUGGACAGCCGCUUCGUGGACAAGCUCUGGCUCCCCGACACCUUCAUCGUGAACGCGAAGUCCGCCUGGUUCCACGACGUGACGGUGGAGAACAAGCUCAUCCGGCUGCAGCCCGACGGCGUGAUCCUCUACAGCAUCCGAAUCACCUCGACAGUGGCCUGUGACAUGGACCUGGCCAAGUACCCCAUGGACGAGCAGGAGUGCAUGCUGGACUUGGAGAGCUAUGGCUACUCUUCCGAGGACAUUGUCUACUACUGGUCAGAAACCCAGGAGCAGAUCCACGGGCUGGACAGGCUGCAGCUGGCCCAGUUCACCAUCACCAGCUACCACUUCUCCACGGAAUCGAUGAACUUCAAGUCGGCUGGCCAGUUCCCCCGGCUCAGCCUGCACUUCCGCCUGCGGAGGAACCGCGGCGUCUACAUCAUCCAGUCCUACAUGCCCUCCGUCCUCCUGGUCGCCAUGUCCUGGGUCUCCUUCUGGAUCAGUCAGGCAGCAGUGCCCGCCAGGGUGUCUCUGGGCAUCACCACUGUGCUGACCAUGACCACGCUCAUGGUCAGUGCCCGCUCCUCCCUGCCGCGGGCGUCGGCCAUCAAGGCGCUGGACGUGUACUUCUGGAUCUGCUACGUCUUCGUGUUCGCUGCACUGGUGGAGUACGCCUUCGCCCACUUCAAUGCCGACUACAGGAAGAAGCGGAAGGCCAAGGUCAAGGUCGCCAAGCCCAGAACCGAGAUGGACGUGAGGAAUGCCAUUGUGCUCUUCUCCCUCUCGGCCGCCGGAGUGACCCAGGAGCUGGCCGUCUCUCGCCGGCAGCGUGGCAUCCCUGGGAACCUCAUGGGUUCCUACAGGUCAGUGGAGGUGGAGACAGGGGAGAUGAAGAAGGAGGGGGGCGCCCGGCCCGGGGGCCCCGGGGGGAUCCGCACCAGGUUCAAACCCAUCGAUGCGGACACCAUUGACAUCUACGCCCGUGCCGUGUUCCCUGCGGCCUUUGCGGCCGUCAACGUCAUCUACUGGGCAGCGUACGCUAUGUGAGGCAGGACGGCAGCUGCCCUUGCCUGCCCUGCUGCCGGGGCAGAGGCCGCCUGGAAACUCGGGGAGGAAGGACACCUCUGCGUUGCUCGGUGGGCGGACAGUUGGCCGCGCAGUAGGAGAGGAAGCCUGUCUCCUGUACUUUCACCCUGUCCUUCUGGGAAGGACCACCAGCCUGAGCUCCCUCCGACCUAGGGAGACUGUUGCUGAGAGGGGUGGACCUGGCCUGGCCCCGAGGCCGAGGCAGGCUCCACAUCCUUAGUCUCAGGCUCACACUGAUGUCUCGGCCUUUGCUCUGUGGGAUCGGGAUCAGAGAGUGGGAGGAGGCGGUGGCCAGCCCCUGUCGCAGUGAAAGGGGGAGAAGCUGUUGCAAGUCCUCCUCGGUCCCAGCAUGAAAUAAACCUCAGCCUGGCAGCCGCUCGGGUCUCCAUCGCUGC